AUGGAGAAGAAGGGAGUGAAUAUGGGAGCAGCCAUGGCUUCCUUGGUGGUGUUGGUCACGUUGAUAGGGCGGUCCACUGCUGUCGACAAUCCUGACUGCUACGCCAGCUGCCUCCCUAAGUGUGUCAAAGGUAGCGUGUUUGGCACCAUCACGUGCGCCGGCACGUGCAUAGCACAAUGCUUGGCCAGCAGCCCUUCUUUACUCAGUGUACCCAAAGACGAUCACUACUUUUGUAAGCUUGGAUGUGCUUCUUCCAUGUGUGCCAGUUUGAUCAAUACAGAAAACCCAGAGAUGGGGGAAGUGGGCGACUGUGUGGAUUCUUGCUCAGAGAAAUGCAGCAUAAGUAGUACCUUGUUACCACAUAACUAA